GGAAACGCAUCAUCGGGAGGCUGGAGGUCCACCCCUCCAUCUGCAGACGGAGCAUGUUCCUCCCUAUGACGUGGUUCCCUCCAUGAGGCCGGUGGUGCUGGUGGGCCCUUCACUGAAAGGCUACGAGGUGACCGACAUGAUGCAGAAAGCCUUGUUUGACUUCCUAAAGCACAGAUUUGACGGCAGGAUCACUAUUACACGGGUGACUGCUGAUCUGUCUCUAGCGAAGCGAUCGGUGCUGAACAAGAAGGCCAUAAUGGAGAGAUCCAACACUCGCUCUAGUCUGGCUGAGGUCCAAAGCGAGAUAGAGAGGAUCUUUGAGUUGGCAAAGUCUCUUCAGCUGGUCGUCCUGGAUGCAGAUACCAUCAACCAUCCAGCCCAGCUCCUCAAAACGUCUCUGGCUCCCAUCAUCGUCUAUGUUAAAGUCUCCUCACCCAAAGUUCUUCAGAGGCUGGUAAAGUCUCGAGGGAAGUCCCAAAGCAAGCACCUCAAUGUCCAGAUGAUGGCUGGGGACAAGCUGGCUCAGUGUCCUCCCGAGAUGUUUGAUGUAAUCCUGGAUGAGAAUCAGCUUGAAGAGGCAUGUGACCACCUAGCAGAGUACCUGGAAAUUUACUGGCGAGCUACACAUCUACCUUGUUCUGCCCCGAUUAACCCAAUACAGGACCAAAAUCUGGUCACCCCACCUUCAGCUAACUCCAGCCAGCAGUUUUCAGAGACUCAAGAGUUGAUAGAAUGAUCCCAGUCCCAGAUGUAGGAUCAGCUUGCGCUGUCGGCUGGGGUCAGAACAGUCAAGACAUGAAGAGCAGGGACCACCAGGGGGCAGCAUUCCUCCUCUCAUCAAAGCCAGACACCACCUUCUCCAAAUCUGGGGCUGAGAAAAGAGUAGGGCCCUUGAAAACGGUGAAUGAGCAGAAGUCUGGUGAGCUGGGACAGGAGAAAAAACACACGACACAAGAAGGAAGAGGAAGAUGCAACCAGCUGCAGCCUCCCUGCUGCCCCAGGGGCCAGAAAUCCCUGCUCCCAACGUCAAGUGAUAACUCAGGGUUGCUUUCUGCAGCUGCAAAAGCACUGGUUACAGAAACCGGUGGACCAGCGUAGUCACGGUUCACCUUCUGACCACCAAUCCUCCCAUGUCAUCCUUCCUCCCAUCCAGACAGUAAAGGUUUGCCCUUGAUAUCCUUUCAAGAUGAGCCAGCCCAUGUGUGUCCUUAGCUGUCUCAAGCACACAAAGGCUGAUUCAUCUCCCACUGGAGAUGCAUCACACAUCUGUGGGGUUAAAAUACGUUAGUCCAUGGUACUGCUGGCACAGAAAAGCUGUUAACACAACGCCCAUGUUUCCAGUGCAGAGGGCUCUUAGGGUUUAACGUCGGAUACACCUCGCUUCCCUCUCUGUGCAGAGAGUGACAGGAAAUCAAUUCUGUAUGUCUUCCAUGUCUGCAGCUUUAAGUGAGCUGUCAUUUCAAAUGUUUAACUAAAAUGCUUCCUUAAAAGCACAAGUGCUUCUGUCAUAGUCAUUGCAGUGUCACAUUUGCAUGGAGACACAAGGAAAAUAAGCAAUUUCAUCUUCUUCUUUUUUUUUCUCUUACUGUCAUUCCUGGUUUAUCCAGUAUUCUUCUUUCAAUCUGCUGUUUUACCAAAACAGUGUAUACAACUAUCUGUAACUCAUAUCUCGGCUCUCAGUAUACCCGAUGCAUAUCUCUACAUGUAGCUUUUUAUGCAAAUAUUGUACAACAAGCACAAAUAGUGCAGAGUCUAUAAAUCUUCGCUCCAGCUGGGAAUGUGGGCUUGUUUGUCAUCCAGGGAAAGAUUCCUUACGGUAAAAAUGUGUACAUGGUUAGAAGUAAGUCCUCAACAAGAAAAAGGGACAAUUCCUGACAAAAACACACACACACACACACACAAUCACAACUGGCCACAAUUAGCUUUAAAUGUUAAAUAAUUUAUCCAGUGAAAUUAUUCACACUGUUCCUACCUGAAAGUAAUCUUUGUAUAACAAUGAAAGUCACCAAAUACUUAUAAGGUAUUGUUGUUUUAUUGAUUAAAUAUUUAUUUCUGACAAAAUUUUAUAUACACAGAAGCUGUAAGCAGUGGAUAUAGCUUCAGGUUAGCAUUGCUUUUGUGCUUCCAGUCAGUAACUUGUUGGAGAAAGCAUGAAGGAGAGUCCAGAGUGCAGAAGGCCCAGCCUGCCUAUUCAUGCUAGUACCGCCACCUGUUGUAGCAUAACACCCUACCAACAGAUUUAUUCACAUUUAUAAAACGUUUAGGUUAUUUGAAUCCCAAAAUGGCUUAGUUUAUGAUAAUCUUUUAAGGUAUAUUGCAGAGUAGAAGUGGAAAAAAUUAGUGAAUUUUCUGUAUUUCUCCAUUCAUUCAACCUAAAACAUUAUCAUAUUCUUACACAAGUCGAAAAGAGAGACAUAUGGAACCAAAUUGUUGCAAAUAUAAUUAUUGUUGAGAAUAAAAAGUCUUACCUGACUUCAAGCUGUAUUUGAAGCUUUAAGAUUUGCACAGUAAAGAAAAGUUAAAUUCACGUUCUUGUCUUUGCAGAUACACACUUUUAUUAAUAAAACAGGAAUCUAAUAAAAUAUGAGUUUGACGACACAUGUUUGUAGGAGUUUAUUAAGUAAUGAACAGAGAAGUCCUGCAAGGAACUCUGAACAGCGAUUGUCCAUGUUGAUUAGACAAUAGGGAUGUCCCGUUCAGGAUAUUUUUCUCUCCGAUAUCUGAG